AUACGGGAAUAUUACAAGGCUGAUUACACAGAAAUGUUUUCCACAUGUGACCGAGAAGCUUACAUUAAUUCGCCACAAGUUUCAGGCAAUUACUCUUUGCACGUAUUAAAAUCGACCAAACCGGUUUAUUUGAUUGAUUAUCCAAAUUAUGUUGACUCACAUCGUAGAAUGAUAUAUGCGUUAAACGAAAAAGGAUGCAAAUAUAAUGGCUUUGUAGCAAGUCUCCAUGAAUAA